GUGGAACCGGAGUCGGCACGAUGAAGGCACUCAUCUUGGUGGGCGGCUAUGGGACGCGGCUGCGGCCGCUGACGCUGAGCACCCCUAAGCCCUUGGUGGACUUCUGCAACAAACCUAUCUUGCUACACCAAGUGGAGGCGUUGGCCGCGGCAGGCGUGGACCACGUGAUUCUGGCCGUAAGCUACAUGUCGCAGGUGCUGGAGAAGGAAAUGAAGGCACAGGAGCAGAGGCUGGGAAUCCGAAUCUCCAUGUCCCACGAAGAGGAACCUUUAGGGACAGCUGGGCCCCUGGCGCUGGCCCGUGACCUGCUCUCUGAAACUGCAGACCCUUUCUUCGUCCUCAACAGUGAUGUGAUCUGCGAUUUUCCCUUCCAAGCCAUGGUGCAGUUCCACCGGCACCACGGCCAGGAGGGCUCCAUCCUGGUUACCAAAGUGGAGGAACCUUCCAAGUAUGGUGUGGUGGUGUGUGAGGCUGACACAGGCCGGAUACACCGGUUUGUAGAGAAGCCACAGGUGUUUGUGUCCAAUAAGAUCAACGCGGGCAUGUACAUCCUGAGCCCUGCGGUGCUGCAGCGCAUCCAGUUGCGGCCUACGUCCAUUGAGAAAGAGGUCUUCCCUGUUAUGGCCAAGGAGGGGCAGCUGUAUGCCAUGGAGCUGCAGGGCUUCUGGAUGGACAUUGGGCAGCCCAAGGACUUCCUCACCGGCAUGUGCCUCUUCCUGCAGUCACUGAGGCAGAAGCAGCCUGAGCGCCUAUGCUCAGGCCCCGGCAUUGUGGGCAACGUGCUGGUGGACCCCAGUGCCCGCAUAGGCCAGAACUGCAGCAUUGGCCCCAACGUGACGCUGGGCCCCGGUGUGGUGGUGGAGGACGGCGUGUGCAUCCGGCGGUGUACGGUGCUGCGGGAUGCCCACAUCCGCUCCCACUCGUGGCUCGGGGCCUGCAUAGUGGGCUGGCGCUGCCGCGUGGGCCAGUGGGUGCGCAUGGAGAACGUGACGGUGCUGGGUGAGGACGUCAUUGUGAACGACGAGCUCUACCUCAACGGAGCCAGCGUGCUGCCCCACAAGUCUAUCAGCGAGUCCGUGCCAGAGCCUCGCAUCAUCAUGUGAAGACACGCCUGGGGCUGGCUGAGCCCACUUCCCGCUGGAAUGGGACACUGGCGUGACCUGUUGGAAGGCUCUGGACUUGCUGCCACUUGUCUGGGGGGACUGGAUGAGGCUGGAGCUGUUGGACACCUGCCUUACGUGGAUAUCACCUGGCAGGAUCUCUGCCGGGCACACCCCACAGAUCCUUCUCCCUGAAGAAGGGCCGGGCCAGGGCUGUACAGAAUAAUAAUUUAAUGCUCA